CUUAAAAUGGAAAUCACUUAGUUUCAGUUGCCUUUGUAGUUUUAUGAUAUUUUUUUAAAUUCGUGGUUCUAUUUUUUUUUUUUUUUAAUCAUUGUUUAUCACACACGCAACAGUGCCGCGGCACCAAACGUAGUUAAGAAAGUAGAAUAUUUUCAAUUCGAAUCCAUUACAUUUUUAUUUGUUUCAUUCGGAUAAUUUCGCUAUGUUGCUAGUUGACGUCGUAUAAUGCUGUCACGCAAACGGUGACGAUUAGCUUGCCUAAAUGGUGAACGUCAACUUUCUGAAAUAGCACUAGCAUGUUUGAAAUAGACGUUUUAAAACGUGUAAGGCGUAGCCCUGAAGCUCAGUUUCUCUUCCCGUUCUAACACUGACAUCAUCGUCGUUUUGAACACAAAGCUUGGAUAGAUUGGAAAAAAAAAAUGUACUUCAUAAUUUUUGAAAACAACACAAAAGGCUUUUCUAAUAAUCACCGAAGUCGCAUCCCGGAAACGAACAAAAUAAAAGCGGCGUCGGGUUGUUUUACUGUCGUUCUCGCAGUUACAAACUGCAAGAAAAUAACAAAAUCGUGUCAUUAAACAUUAACCCGACUACUAUAUUGCUCGUCUACUCGAGUGAAAAUGGCACGCAAGUUGGACAAUAACGGCUUGCCUUUCUUGCCGGGGUUCUCUUUCCAGGAUGUAUCGAAAACAGCCUUUCAUCGUCCUCAGACGUUGUCGUAUGCCAGGGGCUUGGCAUUGGCUCGUCAGCCUAGGUUAGGCAUUGGACUGGAGCCUCUAUUAGCGGAACAGAUGUUGCAAGAGGAGCUAACUGGCAUGGCCGGUGACAUGCCAGACUUCACUUACGGCUCCUUUGACACCAAAUACAUAAAAGACUUGGUUAAUUUGUCCUAUCACUCAGCCCCUGCACCUACCCACGCUGAACCUCAGCCCUUCAUACCAUCCUAUGUCACUCUUGACAAGAAGGUGCUUUGCUUCAGAGCAUACUUUAAGGAAGAUAUCAUCAACAGUCGUCAGGAGAAGAACUGCGUCCGCCAUGUGGAUAUAUACUACUACCUUGAGGACGACAGCAUGAACAUCUCCGAACCCUGGAUGCCAAAUUCUGGGAUGCUACAAGGCCAGCGGCUCAAACGCCACUGUUUCCCCAAGAAGGAGCCUGGGAAGUAUUAUCACUGGAAAGACCUCAAUCUUGGCAUUGACCUGGAAGUGUAUGGUGUCAAGUACCACAUUGCUCAGUGUGAUGCCUUUACUAAGGACUUUAUGCAGCGUCAGGGCAUUAUUCUCAAUCCGCCAGAGGAAAUGCCUGUGGAUACUUAUCUCAUGAAUCGGAAAAAACCUACACCAACCUUCACGACACCCUCUGAAUUUGACAGCAGGUACCAGUUUCUUCACAUGGAUCGCAAGGUGCUGCGUUUCUUUGCCCUAUGGGACGAUUCAGAGUCUGAGCUUGGUGAAAUCUUGCCUGUUACAAUUCACUACUUCUUGGUGGAUGACACGGUGGAGAUCAGGGAGGACCACAAGCCCAACAGUGGCCGCUAUCCUUUCCCGGUGCUGAUGCAGCGGCUUAGGAUACCGAAGAAAAUGAAGCCAGGCCAUGACCAAUUCCCUAGCUGUGUUAUGGAAGAUUCUGUCGAAGAAGUGGAAGAGUACUUCUCCCCGAAAGACUUCCAAGUUGGCGAAAUGGUGGCAAUAUUGGGACGCCGUUUCUUACUGUACGACUGUGAUGAGUUCACUAGGGACUACUACCAUGAAAACUACCCAGAGAUGACCAUCAAAAGCAUAGAAGUACCCAAGCAGUUGGGCAAGUUUGAGGGCAUGCAAAGGGAGAUUCCUCCCUAUAAUGGCUUUGGAUCACUGGAAGAUUCCCUCCAGAGUUGUUUAUCUCUACUCCCCCAACCUCCCAGAAAGAAUGUGGUAAAGAUGCUGGAGAAUGAGCACAAAGUGCUGCGUUACAGUGCCCGACUGGUGUCGCGUAAGGACGCAUCAGAGUCUCAGAAACGCAAAGAUGCGGAUCGAUUUUUCAUUUUGUCCUAUUUUUUGUCCGAUGACUCAAUCUGUCUUUACGAGAAUCCCAAAAACAACUCCGGAUUCAAGGGCGGAGUGUUCUUGAGAAGGACACGUGUUCCCAAACCAAAUACUUCUGUGGACAAUCCUGAAUUCUACACACCGUCAGACUUUUCGAUUGGAGCAGUUGUGGACAUUUUUGGUCACCGCUUCACCCUCAUAGACGCUGACCUUUAUGUGCUAAAUUACAUGGAGGACAACCCAGGAAUGAUUCCCUUGGAGACUCUAGAAACCAUCCGCCAGAAGCUUAGGUCUGAACCCAAGCAGACAGCUGAACAAAAUGAACCACCCUCAUGAUUCCAAGUCAACUUUGUACCCUCACGUCAGUUUCGUGCCCAUAGGACCAGAAGUCAAGAGCCUGAGAUUCUUGACACAAGACUUCGGGAAGUAGUUUUACCGUAUGCGUAAACAAGUAUCAGAAGCGCAAUGAGGACUAAAAAGUUAAAUUGUUCAAGAUGCAACAGAAGAGGAUCUCAUUAAGUUACAGUUUAGUGUAAGAGUUACACAUUAGAAAUACAAUUCUAACAGUUUCACUAUUACAGUUCACACUUGUACAAAAACUGUAUAGAGAAGUUCACACUUGUACAUAAACUGUAUAUAGAUUAUUGCUAUUAUAUGGCAUAAAACAAUGAUUUAAAAGAAAAUGCUUUUUGGUCUGCUG